AAGUGCAGGGGUGGCUGGCAACUGGGUGACUGCUUUGAGAAACCGGCUUGUGAGGAGCGGCGGGAAAGGCGCGUGUCGGUUUCUCACUGGCGCAGCCUCCUCCGAGGUCGCCGCUGUCCCGCCCUGCCCGGGCGUCGUUGCUGGCACUGGAGUGGAUGAAGCGCAGUCCGGGCAUGGGCAGCCGGGGGGAUGCGAGAGCCGCGGGUGCCUCAGCUGCGCGGCGGGUGACAGGGCUCUGUUACAACAUGGGACUUGUGAUUGCACUGGCUUCACUGUGCCUGUUUUCCUUAGCAGAGGCUAAUUCAAAAGCCAUUACAACCUCUCUUACCACAAAGUGGUUUUCUGCUCCACUGCUAUUGGAAGCCAGUGAGUUCUUAGCAGAAGACAGUCAAGAGAAAUUUUGGAGUUUUGUAGAAGCCAGUCAAAAUAUUGGAUCAUCAGAUCAUCACGAUACUGAUCAUUCCUAUUACGAUGCGAUAUUGGAAGCUGCGUUUCAGUUUCUGUCUCCUUUGCAGCAGAAUUUGUUGAAAUUUUGUCUCUCUCUUCGUUCCUACUCGGCCUCAAUUCAAGCCUUCCAACAGAUAGCAGUUGAUGAGCCUCCACCAGAUGGAUGUAAGUCAUUCUUUUCAGUCCAUGGGAAGCAGACCUGUGAUUUUGAUACUCUGGAAACCCUUCUACUAACUGCGCCUGACAGGCCUAAACCUUUAUUGUUCAAAGGAGAUCACAGAUAUCCUUCAUCAAAUCCUGAAAGUCCAGUGGUGAUUUUUUACUCUGAGAUUGGCCAUGAAGAAUUUUCUAAUAUUCACCACCAACUUAAAUCAAAAAGCAAGGAAGGCAAAAUUAAUUAUGUAUUCAGACAUUAUAUAUCUAAUCCCAAGAAGGAGCCAGUUCACCUUUCUGGCUAUGGUGUGGAACUGGCAAUUAAGAGCACGGAGUACAAGGCCAAGGACGAUACUCAGGUGAAAGGAACUGACAUGAAUACCACAGUCAUUGGUGAAAAUGAUCCCAUUGAUGAAGUUCAGGGCUUUCUCUUUGGAAAAUUAAGAGAACUGUAUCCCACCUUGGAAGGACAAUUGAAAGAAUUCCGAAAGCAUCUUGUGGAGAGCACCAAUGAAAUGGCACCCUUGAAAGUUUGGCAGCUGCAAGAUCUCAGUUUCCAGACUGCUGCCCGCAUCCUGGCUGCUCCUGUGGAGUUAGCUUUGGUGGUGAUGAAGGAUAUUAGUCAGAAUUUUCCUACCAAAGCCAGAGCAAUAACAAAAACAGCUGUGAGUUCACAACUUAGAACAGAAGUGGAAGAGAACCAGAAGUAUUUCAAGGGAACUAUAGGAUUGCAGCCUGGAGAUUCAGCUCUCUUCAUCAAUGGGCUUCAUAUUGAUUUAGAUACCCAGGAUAUAUUCAGUUUGUUUGACACACUGAGGAAUGAAGCCCGGGUAAUGGAGGGUCUGCACAGCCUAGGAAUAGAAGGCCUCUCUCUGCACAACAUUUUGAAGCUCAACAUCCAGCCCUCUGAGACUGACUAUGCAGUAGACAUCAGGAGUCCUGCUAUUUCAUGGGUGAACAACUUAGAGGUUGAUAGCCGAUACAAUUCAUGGCCUUCUAGUUUACAAGAGUUACUUCGACCCACUUUUCCUGGUGUUAUACGGCAGAUCAGGAAAAACUUGCAUAACAUGGUUUUUAUUGUUGAUCCUGUACAUGAGACCACAGCUGAGUUGAUUAGCAUAGCUGAGAUGUUCCUCAGCAAUCACAUACCAUUAAGGAUUGGUUUUAUCUUUGUGGUCAAUGACUCGGAAGAUGUUGAUGGCAUGCAAGACGCUGGAGUUGCUGUUCUGAGAGCGUAUAAUUAUGUUGUCCAAGAAGUGGAUGGUUAUCAUGCCUUCCAAACUCUCACACACAUCUAUAACAAGGUGAGGACUGGAGAAAAAGUGAAAGUUGAACAUGUGGUCAGUGUCUUGCAGAAGAAAUACCCAUAUGUCGAAGUGAAUAGCAUUCUGGGCAUUGAUUCUGCUUACGAUCAGAACCGGAAGGAAGCAAGAGGCUACUAUGAGCAGACUGGUGUUGGUCCCUUGCCUGUUGUUUUGUUCAAUGGCAUGCCCUUUGAAAAGGAACAGCUAGAUCCUGAUGAGCUGGAAACCAUUACAAUGCACAAGAUCUUGGAGACCACUACCUUCUUCCAGAGGGCGGUGUAUUUGGGUGAAAUGCCACAUGAUCAAGACGUGGUGGAAUAUAUCAUGAAUCAGCCCAAUGUUGUUCCAAGGAUCAAUUCUAGGAUUUUGACGGCUAAGCGAGAAUAUCUGGACCUAACAGCAAGCAAUAACUUUUUUGUGGAUGAUUUUGCCAGAUUUUCUUCCUUGGACUCUAGGGGCAAGACUGCAGCUAUAGCCAACAGUAUGAACUAUCUGACAAAAAAAGGAAUGUCCUCCAAGGAAAUCUAUGAUGAUUCCUUUAUUAGGCCAGUGACUUUUUGGAUUGUUGGGGAUUUUGAUAGCCCUUCUGGACGGCAGUUGUUAUAUGAUGCCAUUAAACAUCAGAAAACCAGUAACAAUGUUAGGAUAAGUAUGAUCAAUAAUCCCAGCCAGGAGAUCAGUUACUCGAACACUCCGAUCUUCAGAGCAAUCUGGGCAGCUCUCCAAACACAGACCUCCAACUCUGCUAAGAACUUCAUCACCAAAAUGGCCAAAGAGGAGACGGCAGAGGCCCUGGCCACAGGAGUAGACAUCGGGGAAUUCUCUGUUGGGGGCAUGGAUGUCAGUCUUUUUAAAGAGGCCUUUGAGUCUUCCAAGAUGGACUUCAUUUUGUCUCAUGCCCUGUACUGCAGGGAUGUUCUGAAGCUGAAGAAGGGACAGAGAGUGGUGAUCAGCAACGGAAGGAUCAUUGGGCCGCUGGAGGAGAGUGAGCUCUUUAAUCAAGACGAUUUCCACCUCCUAGAAAAUAUCAUCUUGAAAACAUCAGGACAGAAAAUAAAAUCUCAUAUCCAACAGCUUCGUGUAGAAGAAGAUGUGGCAAGUGAUUUGGUAAUGAAGGUGGAUGCUCUCCUGUCGGCACAACCCAAAGGGGAGGCAAGGAUCGACUACCAGUUCUUUGAAGACAAACACAGUGCAAUUAAACUGAAGCCCAAUGAAGGGGAGACAUACUAUGAUGUGGUAGCUGUUGUUGACCCUGUCACAAGAGAAGCACAGAGGCUCGCCCCCUUGCUCUUGGUUUUGACUCAGCUGAUAAACAUGAGUCUAAGAGUGUUUAUGAAUUGCCAAUCUAAACUUUCGGACAUGCCUUUGAAAAGCUUUUACCGUUAUGUCUUAGAACCGGAGAUCUCCUUCACAGCAGACAACAGCUUUGCUAAGGGGCCAAUAGCGAAGUUUCUGGAUAUGCCACAGUCUCCACUUUUCACUUUGAAUUUGAACACACCCGAGAGUUGGAUGGUAGAAUCUGUCAGAACACCAUACGAUCUUGAUAAUAUUUAUCUAGAAGAGGUGGACAGUGUAGUGGCUGCUGAGUAUGAGCUGGAAUACCUGUUAUUAGAAGGUCACUGCUAUGACAUCACCACAGGCCAGCCCCCUCGAGGACUACAGUUCACGUUAGGAACUUCAGCCAACCCAACAAUUGUGGACACAAUUGUGAUGGCCAAUCUGGGAUAUUUUCAGCUCAAAGCCAACCCAGGAGCCUGGAUUCUUAGACUAAGGAAGGGGCGCUCUGAUGAUAUCUAUAGAAUCUACAGCCAUGAUGGUACAGAUUCUCCUCCUGAUGCAAAUGACGUUGUUGUCAUCCUCAAUAACUUCAAAAGCAAGAUCAUCAAAGUGAAGGUUCAGAAGAAAGCAGACAUGGUUAAUGAAGACUUGCUGAGUGAUGGGGCAAGUGAGAACGAAGCUGGAUUUUGGGACUCCUUCAAAUGGGGCUUUUCAGGACAGAAGACUGAGGAAGUGAAGCAAGAGAAAGAUGACAUCAUCAAUAUUUUCUCUGUUGCAUCUGGUCAUCUCUAUGAAAGAUUUCUUCGCAUAAUGAUGCUAUCAGUGCUGAAGAAUACCAAAACUCCUGUGAAAUUCUGGUUCUUGAAGAAUUAUUUGUCCCCUACAUUUAAGGAGUUUAUACCUUAUAUGGCCAGCAAAUACAAUUUCCAGUAUGAACUUGUUCAGUACAAAUGGCCACGGUGGCUUCAUCAGCAGACAGAGAAGCAGCGGAUCAUCUGGGGCUACAAGAUCCUCUUUCUGGAUGUGCUUUUCCCACUGGUUGUUGACAAGUUCCUAUUUGUAGACGCGGAUCAGAUUGUACGAACAGAUCUGAAAGAGUUAAGGGAUUUCAAUUUGGAUGGUGCCCCUUACGGUUACACGCCUUUCUGCGACAGCAGAAGAGAAAUGGAUGGCUACCGGUUCUGGAAGUCAGGGUACUGGGCCAGCCAUUUGGCUGGUCGGAAGUAUCAUAUCAGUGCACUGUAUGUUGUGGAUCUGAAGAAGUUUCGGAAAAUAGCUGCUGGUGACAGACUCAGGGGACAGUACCAAGGUCUGAGCCAAGACCCUAACAGUCUUUCAAACCUUGAUCAAGAUUUACCCAAUAACAUGAUUCAUCAGGUGCCAAUUAAAUCUCUCCCUCAAGAGUGGCUUUGGUGUGAGACGUGGUGCGAUGAUGCGUCUAAGAAGAGGGCAAAGACGAUCGACCUGUGUAAUAAUCCCAUGACUAAAGAGCCCAAACUGGAGGCUGCUGUGCGGAUCGUCCCCGAGUGGCAGGACUAUGAUCAGGAGAUCAAGCAGCUGCAGCUCCUCUUCCAAGAGGAGAAGGAGAUGGGGACCCUGCAUGAGGAGAAGACACAGGAAGGAUCUCAGAAACAUGAAGAAUUAUGAUCUCUGGAAGAAGAUAGGAAAUCCCACCGUCUGACAGUUUUUGUACUAAUUGCUAGUUUUUUCUGAUCUAUCGAUACGACUGCUGAUGAACCGAUUGGGCAGGUGCACCACACCUAUUGAUUUAGACUACUGCACCCCAGUGGGUGCCGGAUCCUUGGGGCUAAGGCUCUGUUGGAUUUGUACCUCAGAGGAAGACAAGUGGCUGAUCUUCUGGGACUGUCUUCACACCAGAGGGAGACAUGGUGGCAGGCUGAGAGAAGCCACGUCCUUUGUGCCCACACGCAAGAGCACACAUUGCUGCACUGGCUCUGAAGCUGCCAGAAGAGCCACCAUGUUCUUCCUUACCUCGCCGCACUGCAGAUGCCUACCCUGUACCAGGUUAGGUCGGCAGAUGCUUCAUCCAAGGUCCAAGCCUCAAGGUCUAUGCCAACAUACUUCUCACAUCUCGUGCCCCACAUUCUCUUCCCCAGCAUCAGGCUCACUGUGUAAUUGAGCCCAACCGAUAAUCAUGUGGCUUCAGGGUUGGCUCAGUUGCUAAGAAAUCAGUCUUCAGGAGAACUGGGGUGGUUUGGAUGAGGGUUGUGGAAACAACAAGCAGAGGAGAGUUUUGUGGUGUCAAAGGAAGAAGACAGAAAUUGGCCAUUCUCUUUCAGUCUGUGUGGCUGAAUUUAAAGGAAGCUUUAUUCUAUUACCAGUGAACUUUCUACAUAAUUGUUUUGUAAACAAUUUUUAUAUUUAUGAAAAUGUUUGCUUUUUCUUCCUACUUUCUAAAAAUGGUUGGUUCUGAAUUUCCUGGCUGGGCACAGGCAUAUUGAGUCCCUCAGUGGUCCAUCUCUGUGUACUCGGCCUCUGUCUGGAUGACCACCAUGCUGUCUGCCCCUUCCCUUGUCCAGUCUUCUCUCAGACCCAGGAGACUGUCGUUGGUCUUUACUUCCCCAAAUGCUCUCAGACCAAUGACAAGGAAUGGCUGUCUCUGGAACUCAGUUUCCUGUGCUCUUUUUCCCUUUUGCUUUGGCUCUGUGGGUUGCCUUUGGCAUUUGAGACUUGCCCAAGGCCUGGUCCAGUUCUAAGGUAACUGCUGCAUUGUGUGUGUCCACAGCCACAGUCCAGCCUCACCUUGUCAGGAGCAGCCUGGGCUGUGAGCCUGGGACAUGUUGUUAACCUGGCUACCCAGGAUCUGCAGCAGAGAGUUAUAGAGUCCAGUCACAGGAGCUGUUCUUCCCUCUUUAACCUGCCCUUUAAAAUAAGAAGGGAGCUGGGGUGUGGCUCAACGCCCUGUGUUCCGUCCCAGCAUUUCAUCCUCACCCCAAAAAAAGAAAAAGAAAGAAUGAAUAUGAUGAGUGAGUACACAUGGAUAAGACCUUGCCCAUCUUAGCUAGGUAAUACAUGUGUUUUCAAGGAAGAAUGAUCUACAGUAGCCAUAGUUGGGAUUUGAAUGGGCAGUUACGAAGAAAUAAAUAGUGAGAGACAGCAAAACAUCAUCGACUGGGAACUCACACAGCCAGCAGAAACUCAGCCAGCUGGAGUUCCCCAGUGAGCAUCCUAAGCAGAGCAGAGUGGCUUCCCCCAGGUAAGGCUUCCAAGGAAAAGAACAAAUAGCAAAACUAAAAAUACCAUCAUCAAAUUCGGUGCUCACAACAUCCUGCAGAAACCAGCCAGGGAAGCUGAAACAGUCAGCUGGAGUUCCCUUUUCUCCCCGCUUGCAGCCUCCCUACCCACUGUGGCACUUUCAUAACAGAGCCAAGCAGUGGCUGAGUCCUCUGACCUUGGGAAGGUGUCUGGGAAUGAAUUGUUCCCAACUGUGUUCAAGGAUGUCAUAUUUUGACUCUUAGACUAUUGAACUGUUUUGUCAUAAAGUUAGGGGGGGGGCUCACAUCCCCAGACAAAGGGUCUUGUGAGAUAUUUUGAGAUAAACAUGUCCCAUAGCCAGCUUCUUAGCUAGCACAUGACAUCAACACACUAUACAUUACAACAUGAAUGUUUAAAAUAAAAAUUUCACCACACAUACAUCAAGUAAUUUUCCCUCCAUUUUCGAGUCCCAAAGUUAACUUAGAGCCAGCCUCCGUUCAGGCUUCAUGUCCACAUUGUAUUAAGCUUUCAGGGAUACCACUGCUGCCGUCCUCAGCUGUAGGCAGAAACUGUUCCCAGGGUCCUGGGAGCCUAUGAUUGAGCAGGAAAUAGUCAGGUCACAGGGAUGUGCUUUUAAAUGUUGGCCCUAGUGGCCAGUUUCCUUUUUUUCCAGACAGGGUUUCCCUGUGUAGCCCUGGCUGUCCUGG